AUGGUCGAUGAAGGAGAGGAUUUUCUCACUUCAACUCCACUGACCACAGUCCCCCCUGUUGAUUCUGCCUUGAGUGAAGCGGAUGACCUUUCCUCCUCGUCCCCCAAUGAGUUGGAGAACGAUGAUCCACCGGAGCAGCCUGAGCCUGCAGCUCUUAGUCGUGGCAUGUCUCACUCAACAUUACGACGUCCAGAUUCCCUCGUCUAA